ACACACCAAGGGAGCUUUAUUUUGAAGUACAACAUAACAAGGAAAUAAGUACGUCGCCAUACAUGUAAACAGAAGUGAAGCAAUUUGACUUGGCCCUGAGACCCCAUGGGUGUACAUGGUCUGACCACCUAUGUGGAGGGCAACAGAAACUUUCUCCAAGAUGUGAAAUUCAGGGACAGCCGCCUGGUUAUUGAUGGCUGCAGCCUGUUUUUCCGCCUCUACUUUAACUAUGGUUUGGACCAGCAGCACGGAGGGGACUAUGAUGCAUUUACUUGCCUGCUCUCCCAGUUCCUCUCUGCAUUGGAGGCCUGUAACAUCCAGCCAUAUGUGGUUCUGGAUGGAGGAAUUGACCCCAGUGACAAGAAGUUUCCUACGCUGCGCCAGCGUCUGCAGUCCAAGAUAAAAGAGGCAGACAGUCUCUCCCACGGCCGCAAUGGCUCUGUGCUUCCCCUCCUCACAAGAAGUGUCUUCAUUGAAGUCCUCAUUCAGAGAGGGGUCCCUUUGGUCCAGUGUCCAGCUGAGGCGGACUGGGAUAUUGCAUGUUUGGCUCACCAGUGGAAAUGCCCAGUCCUGACCAAUGACAGCGACUUUUAUAUCUUUGACUUGCCAGGUGGUUAUCUUCCACUCCAUUAUUUCCAGUGGACCAACCUGAACGGUAAAGCCUCUCACCGCUACAUCUCGGCUCGUUGCUACACCACUACCGGGAUCUGUCGCUUGUAUGGGGGCAUGAACCAGCAGUUGCUACCUUUAUUUGCUGUCCUGGUGGGGAAUGAUUAUGGCACUCCAAAAGAUGCUGAUGCACUCCUGGGUCUGUUAGAUGCGGGUGUCUUAGUGAAAGGUGGUGGCAGGGGCAAAGGUAGAGCACCCGCUUCCCGCAUUGAGGGCCUUCUCCUCUGGCUGUCUUCUUUUUCUAGUCCGGGGGAGGCCCUGGAGGAAGUGAGCAGGCUAAUGGGGGAGAAAGAUAGAGGACCAAGGGGAAAAAGCGGAGAGAAAGGUGGGCUCAGUUCACAGCUGUGGGCAGGAAUGCAGGAGUACCACAUCACGCCUCAAAGCUCUUUGGCUGGCUGGUUCUCUGGAGGUAAGACAGCUCCUGGACGACCGUCCUCUGGGAUGCCAGAGUGCCUGUCGCUGGCUGCAGCGCAGGGACUGUUAGCUCCUUUGGUGGUAGAUGCUAUUGUGAUGCGCAGGGUCCUUCUGAUCCCACAGGUUGAGAACAGCAAGUUAGCCAGCAGCCAUUGCAGUGCAAGCUACAUACGCCAGGCUAUAUAUGGGAUAUUAAUGCAGAGAGGCCAAGAUGUCCAAGCAGAGGAUAUGACGGCACAAGAAAAAAUCAACCAAGGUACGAGAGGUGGGAGAGGGGGAAGGGGGCAGAGAGGUGGUCAGGUCGGCGGAGGUAGGGGACAGGGAGACAUCUUACCCACACAACAGGGGGUAAAUGUAGGGUUUAGCAAUAGUGCAGCUACAGUGCACGCUCAGGGCUCUAGUUCCCCGAUGUGUGUCGAAGAGUAUGACCGCGUGGAUCUGAACUUAAAGAAAAACAUUCUAGAGGCACAUCGGCUCAGGACCCCCCUACAUCUAGAUACACUUGGCCAGGCUCCUGUGGCGGUUCGUCUUGGUGUACUGUUAGAUGUCUUGGGGAUGAAAGAGUCUGUCCUGGCUCCUGUUCCUCUCCACCUGAGGCUGGCUGUAGCAGUGAUAGCUUUCUGGCGUCGAGUGGCCUCACCAAAACCCUCACAGCCCCAGGUGCAGGCUCUGGUGCUGGGCAUGAUUUACGGAGAGCUGUCCUCGAACAACCAGCCUGGAGCUACCCACUACCAACAAGCCAACCCACAGCUAAACUGGGCUGCGGAGCGUCAAGUGUGCGCAGGGCUGGAUCGGCAGCGUGUGAGGCCAGGGGAGCGACGUGGAUUGGAUGUUGGAGUGGCUCACAGUUUUAGCCAAUGGCAGGCCUGCCUCUGGAGUGCGCUGUGUCUUAAUCAGCUGUUGCUGCUGCCACUGCCUGAACCCCACAUAUCAUGGUUGUACAGUGGUACUUUGGUGCACGGCCUGCUCAGGUACCUGAAAGGGGGCCAGGCUGCUGAAUCCCUCCUAGCUGGGGGUUCCUUUUCAGUUCAUCUUUACUCCUCCCUGCUGGACGCUGUGAGGAGCCGCGACUCCAAAACCCAUCCUUCCUCUUCAGCAGCAGGGAGGGGGAAGAGGGGUGGAGGCCGGGGAAGGAGAGAGAGAGGGAGAGGAAGAGGGAGAGGGGGGAGAGGAGGAAGGGGAGGGGGGAGAGGGUCUGAGGAGAUAAACAACAGGUUUGCCCUACUGAUGAGCGAGGAUGAGUCUGAUGACGAUUGAUGAGGAGAAAAAUGUACUGAUCGAUAUUAAGCAGUCGUUUUGGGCCAAAUAGGGGAGGAUAUUCCAGUGUUUUAUUCAUCACACUCAGGGAAUGCUACAAGCAAAGAACAACACAUCUUAAUAUUGACCACUGAGCUUCUGCCUAUGUAAUCAUGUUGCAUUUAAUUAACUUAGUCACUAAUGUUUAUCUGCCUAUCUUCUGUUGCUGACUCAAAUGAAAAGAUGUCCAUCAAGCAAAAUUUAUUUUCCCCAAGCAUACUCUUGCCAUAUUUUACCAGAGCUUUAUUCAAGUAAUAUCACUGUAAUUAAUGCACGUUUUUAAUGUGACAGUUUUUAUUUGGUGACAGUUUUUAAAGGUGUAUGGCAGCUAAUGUCAUUUUAAGGAGCAACUUGUAAAAUCUAACUUUAACGCAGAUGCCUUUAUACUCAUGAAUUUGGUGCUUGACUUACUUAUCUUUCUAUAAUAAAAAAUAUAAAUCAAA